AUGGCCCAGCGCGAUCGUGCAAAAGCGCUUGGAGAGCCUCUCCCGCCCAUGCAUAUGGGUAUUCUCUGGGCCAUUUUGAUGUUUGUGCUGCAAAUGACGGAAUUCCUGCUGGAAAUCAAUGUCUUUCAAUCAGGGCGCUCAGCAGCUAUCCAGAUGCGCGCUUAUCUCUCGACAGAGCUCUUUUCUAAAAUCCUGCGCCGCCGCACACAUUAUGCGGCUGCGUCUGACAACCGCUCCGACGGGAUAACCGACGGGCACAUCGCGUCCCUCUUAUCCGUCGACACGGCCCGCAUCGAGACGGCACUUGCUUUGCUCCAUCAGCCAUUAGUGGACUACCCCCUAACGAUAUUGUUCUGCAGUAUCUACCUCUUCCGACUCCUGGGCCUAUCAGCAUUGGUGGGCCUAUCCGUCCUGGCCAUUACAGCACCGCUGCAAACACAUUUGUCAAAGAAGCUCGUCAAGAUUCAAGAUCACAUUUUGCAUGCCACGGACGCACGCUUGAACCUUGCUAAUGAAGUCCUCAUGUGUAUCAAGACAGUCAAGUUUUUUGCUUGGGAGCAGCCGUUCCUUGAUCGUAUGCAGCAGACACGCGCUCGUGAACUGCGAUCACUGGCAUGGAAUAACAUGAUCAAUGUCAUUUACAACUUUAUUUUUGUCGGUGUACCCAUGUUCGUCACUCUCGUGGCCUUUGGAAGCUACACUUAUGUGUUUGGGCACCAGCUUACAGCCCAAACGGCAUUCACGUCGCUUUCCAUUCUCACGACCCUUCGAAUGCCGCUCUCGGAUUUACCGGAACUGAUUGUACAGCUCCUGGGUACAGCUGUAUCUCUCCGCCGCAUUCGUACCUUCCUUGACAUGGAAGAGACGGACAAGUACAACCAAUUGGACAACAGCCCAAACGAGCCAUUAACGGAGAUUGGCUUCGACAAGGCCACAUUUUCCUACUUCCACCGCGAUCCCAUUGCACCACUACGAAUUGACUCAAAUAUGCAGCUCACAGAAUCGGUCGCUUAUUGCUCGCAAAGUCCGUGGCUGCUAGGAACAUCUGUGCGCGAAAAUAUUCUGUUUGGUACCGAGUAUGAUGACGAGCGCUACCACGAAGUGCUUCGAGCCUGUGCUCUCGAGCCUGACCUUGACAUUCUCGAGUUCCACGACGAAACAGAAGUCGGCGAAAAAGGUACAUCACUAUCAGGUGGUCAAAAGGCCCGCAUUGCCCUCGCAAGGGCCUUCUACUCGCAUGCCAAGCACAUUCUUAUUGACGACGCACUGAGUGCCGUCGAUGCACACACCGCCAAGCACUUGCACCAGCAUUGUUUUCAAGGCCCUCUAUCCCGCGGUCGAACCAUCGUCCUAGUCACGCAUGCUACGGCUCUUUUAAUGCCUACGGCAGCAUACGUUGUCGUACUAAACAAGGGCCGUGUUGUCGCCCAGGGUGCUCCCACAGAUGAUGAUGUGAUGAAGCAUAUGCCAGAGGUCCUCGCUUAUCCCGUGGAUAACCAGGGUUCCUCCAACGAUACACCCGAAGCGCUUGAAGAGAGAAAAAAAAAUGCCGAGGCUCGACGCUCGAUGAAGGAUAUUGGGGCAAAUGCCGAAUCGAUUCAGCGCCGCAUCAAAGGCUUGUCGCUGUAUUGGAUCUAUAUUCGCUCCGUAUCAAAACGCGGGUCUGUUGCUGUGGGCCUUUGGCUAACGUUGCUAACCCUAUACUCGAGUGUGCGCGCGGCUGACGUGUCGAGCAACUCGUGGCUCAAGCAAUGGGCUAGUUCUUACGACCAAGUGGAUGAGUCCAUGCAAGCCAUGCUCCAAGCUUGGCGUGCUGUUCGUCAGCCAACUCCCGACGGUGAUCUUACGCUGUACUACCUCAGCAACUAUGUGCUUCUGAAUGCUAGGCAGCCUGCUUAA